AUGCGUGAGGCUGGUUUCACAGAGCAGCGAUUACUUCCCGCUUUCAGCAGUGGUCGGAUCACGGCUCGACGCCUUUCAGAGCCACCAUGGCCUCCUGGGGAGAAAGUGAAGAGCAUGGCACAAGGAGCAUCAGAGGCUGUGAAGAACAAACUGGGGAUGAUCAACGACAAUGAUAAUAAGAACAAGAACCCUUUUGACAGGAAGAAUCUUAAUAACAACAACUAG